ACAACAAUGGUUCAAUAAGUGCACUUAAUAUUCGAGCCAGAUGAAACCAGGGAUCACUCCUGGUUUUGUUUCGAUCCUUCUGGAAAAGUGGAAACGAAAAUUAGUUGUUUUUAUUUUUAUUUAUUUAUAUUCCGGUGUGUGUGUGUGUGUGUGUGUGUGUGUGUGUGUGUGUGUAUAUGCGCUCGGGGUCACAUGUCUUGGGCGACUUCCGGGUUUCUAAGCGACUUAGAUGUUUUCAUUGUAACACUGAGCUGUCACAGAGUUUCCUACCAAGCAGCAAUGCGGAGUUGACUUAACUCAUUAAAUAUAGACCGAUCUGCUGAUGUGGAGGAGAAGGAGAUAAAAUUUCACGCCACUGUGCAGCCAUGCCACUGGCACUGAGUUUAUCUCCGGCUGCUGUGUGUCAAUGCUUCACACUGGUGUCCCUCUGCACCUCCAUCGCCGACCCAAACUGGAUCCAAGUCCAGAACAGAACUGACUCGAACCAGCUCAUUUACGGAGUGGCUUUUACACUACAUGCAGCACAAAACCUCUCCAACACUGCACCUCUGGGUGGAAUGCAUGGACUGGGCAUGGAUUUGCUCUACACACUCGCCGCUCUGUGCUACAGCGCCGUUCUGCUCUCCAGCUCCUCCUUCUUAGUGGACUUCAUCGGAAUCAGGUUCACUCGCCCCAGGCUGGUCGUGUCACUUCACAUCUCCACAGCUGUGAUGUGCGGUGCGGUCCUGGCCGUGAGUGGGGCGUGUCUCUAUGUGAUCAAGCAGAACGUGCAGAAAGGGAGAACAAGCUGGGUUUGGAGCACGACCUCGGCUCCACCCGGUGGAAUGAGCACCUUGCCUGGAGAGAGCUUUUACAUCGAGAUACUGGCGCUGUUCUUUUCUUUAAUGGCCAGCAUCUUCAGCUUUAUUUGUUCUCCGGAGUCCUUCGUUCCCACUCAGUUCUACUCAGUGGAGCAUGAGGACAGAGAGAGGGAGUGUCUCAUCACUGAGCCGGGACCAGACGAUGACGAGUGGGAUGACUGAAUAGAUUUUUUUUAUACUGGAUAAGACCACUGUGCAAUGUUAACUACUCAUGUUGUUCAGUAACUUGUCGUGUUUUAAAUUAUAAUUAUUAUCGAUUUUAACAAAGAUCAACCAGGAGCUUUUUAUACACUUCAACAUGGUCACCUUAUUACCACAAAAAAAAGAAAAAUCUAAAAGGACCAAAGAAACCGUAAAUAAAAGAUCUCUGAUUUUAUUCUGUUUCUAGCUUUUCAUAAUAUUUAUAAAUGAUCUAUAACAGGCAUGCUGUUACAGGAAAAUAAUCAAUGACACAAGGUUACUGUUACUCACAAAGACUUGUUGUUGUUUUCUUUUCUAUAACAGCGUGUCCCAGCGUGUAUUUUUCUUUCUGUCUGUUUUUCUCAUGUUAUAAAACAAACACGCAUCUUAUCAUGUUAAUGAUAAACUACAAGGCGCAAAGUCCUCUGUGCUCCAGACUCCUGAGAACUUUUUAACGUUUUAUAAUUUGACUUUUCACAAAGCUCUGAAACGUCCCUCAACGUCAAAUAAAUACAUUUUGUCUGACACAAA